UGAAGACAGUGUGGCAGUAUUUAAAUACAGUUGAUUGUAGUCUUUGGGACAUGGUGGUGAUUAAAGAUGGCUGGAAUAUUGGUUCAUUCCCCAAAUGGCUGCAGCAGCUGGAAUUGGACCAGUACUAAGCCAGGAUCCAGGUGCUUCCUCCUGGUCUCUCAUAUGGGCUCCGGAGCCCAAGAACUUGGGUCAUCUCUUGCUUCUUCCCCAGGCACAUUAGCAGAGAGCUGGACUGGAAGUGGAGCAGCUGGGACUUGAACAAGUGCCCAUAUUUGGAUGCUGGCUUCACAGCUGCCCUAGAGAUCAGGAACCUGCCACGUUGGCCUGACAUCCAUUAACCCGGCUGUGGACACCCAGCCUCAUCUUGCCUCUGCCCUCAGCUGCCCUGUGAACUUGGCUCCCUGCCCAGGCCUCCACAGCCAUGGCCAUGGCGGUGGCCCAGAAGUUCAGCCACUUCCUGUACAAUCUGCGCCAGGCCACACAGGUGUCUCCGCAGCCAGAGCCUGUCUUUACGGUGGACCGGGCCCAGGUGCCGCCCCUCUUCUGGAAGCCCUACAUCUAUGCUGGCUACCGGCCACUGCAUCGGACCUGGCGUUUCUACUUCCGCACGCUCUUCCAGCAGCACAAUGAGGCGGUGAACGUCUGGACCCACCUGCUAGCGGCCGUGGUGCUGCUCCUGCGGCUGGCCGUCUUCAUGGGGACCGUGGACUUCUGGGGAGACCCACACGCCCUGCCCCUCUUCAUCAUCGUCCUCGCCUCCUUCACCUACCUCUCCUUCAGUGCCCUCGCUCACCUCCUGCAGGCCAAAUCUGAGUUCUGGCAUUACUGCUUCUUCUUCCUGGACUACGUGGGUGUGGCUGUGUACCAGUUUGGCAGUGCCCUGGCACACUUCUAUUAUGCCAUUGAGCCUGCCUGGCACUCACAGGUGCAGGCUGUGUUCCUGCCUACAGCUGCCUUCCUUGCCUGGCUUUCCUGUACAGGCUCCUGCUACAACAAGUACAUCCAGAAGCCCGGCCUCCUAGGCCGCACCUGCCAGGAGGUGCCCUCUGCGGUGGCCUAUGCCCUGGACAUCAGCCCCGUGAUACACCGCAUCUUGGUGUCCUCUGAUCCAGCCACAAAUGACCCGGCCCUCCUCUACCACAAAUGCCAGGUGGUAUUUUUUCUGCUGGCUGCCGCCUUUUUCUCCACCGUCAUGCCUGAACGCUGGUUCCCUGGCAGCUGCCAUGUCUUUGGACAGGGCCACCAACUCUUCCAUGUCUUCUUGGUGCUAUGCACGCUGGCUCAGCUGGAGGCUGUGACGCUGGACUACGAGGCCCGGCGGCCCAUCUAUGAGCCUCUGCACAUGCGCUCACCCCACAACUUCGCGGGCCUCUUCCUGCUCACCGUGGUCAGCAGCGUCCUCACGGCAUUCCUCUUGAGCCAGCUGGUGCGGCGCAAACUCGAGCAGAAGACCCAGUGAAGGGGGUGGCAGUCGAUCAGGAGGGAGGCAUAGUGGGGGGACAAGGGUCUGGGCUUGGCUCCAGUGGGGAACAAGGCCUGGUAAAGUUGCUUGUGUCUGGCC